AUGUUAACACGACAAGGUGCAUUACGUCUUAUUGAAGCAGAAUUUCGUCGAUUAGCUGACAUUGAUAUUGAUCUUUCUGAUUGUAUACCAGUACAUUCUAUUGUUUAUCGCCCCAACGAAUUUAUGAUGGCAGAAAAAACAGUUGCAGCUUUACUCAGUAAAACUUUAGAACAAAUACCUAAAUAUUCCGGCAAACCGGAUCAAGAUGCUGAUGAAUGGAUUAAAGAGCUCACCACCACGUUUCGCAUGGCUGAUAUUAAUGAAUCACAAGCAAUAAAAAUUAUACCCACAUUUUUUGAAGGACCUGCUAAACAAUGGUUUCUUGAAAAUAGCAUAUCGUUUGAAUCCUGGAGCGCAUUUAAAGCAGAAUUUAUUCAUACAUAUUCGUCUCCAGCACUAAAACAACUAGCGUCACAUCGAUUACGCACUCGUCAUCAGCGUAUAGAUGAACCCGUUAUUGAAUACUAUACUGAUAUUAUGAAAUUAUGCAAAAUAGUUGAUCCCAACAUGACUGACAUGUCGAAAAUUGAUCAUUUAUACCACGGUCUGAAAUCAGCUUUAAUGAAAGAAGUACUACGUCAAGCUCCUCGUACACCAUCAGAUUUUUUAGAACAUGCACGUCAAGAAGAAACUCUCGAUCGAUUAGUUACAACGUCUGUUAAUCACACUGAUCACGAUAAUGCUGGAACUUAUGCAUCUCACAAUACAUUCUAUCCACAUAUGGUAGUUGAUGAUACAGCACACUUCAACAAUCCUUCAAAUACAUAUUCCAAGAAUCAUUCCAACAAUGCUUAUUCACCACGGUCAUCAUAUUCUAAAUCAUAUUAUCAGCCAUCACCACACUACCCUUCUCAACCUCAAUUGCCACCGUUUAAUGCAUUAAACCAUCAACCACGAUCUUUACGAUGUUACCAAUGCAAUAAAUUGGGUCAUAUAGCUCGCAAUUACUUUAUACUUGGUGGUGAUUGGUGUACUCAAAAUGCUGCACAAAUUAAUUAUGAUACAAAUCAAGUUUCUAUACGUUCAUCUACUGGCCGCAUAAUUAUUCCAUAUGAUAAAUCUAUUGAUCAUUUAACCUUAGAUGUGAAAUUAAUUACUUCCAUAAAAAUACCUCCACGUGAAUCCUGUACUGUUCAAGCAAAAGUCGAAUUAUCUUCCGCUGACACAGUUUAUUUUCAUCCGGACACUGAUGCUCAACACGAACAAUCUAUCCUGUUAUCACCAUCUUUGUUACGUAUAGAAAAUUAUACAACAUAUUUAGAAAUAUACAAUCCUCAUGAUUAUAUUACCACAUUACCCAUGAAUACUCGCCUCGGUCGAAUCACGCAUGUACCUUAUCAAGUUAUUUCGUUUCAAUUACCUGAUGCAGUUAAUUAUUUAUCAUCAUCAUCCCAUUCUGUUAUUAAUAGUAUUGAACCUCAACCAAUUUCUUUUCCACCACGUGCAAACAUCGAAAACUUAAUUGACCACAUUAUUGACCCUCAAGAAAAAAACCAAAUUCGUAUUAUUCUAGAACAACAUAUGAAAGUGUUUGAUACUUCACAUGUUACACAAGCAAAUACACCCAUUCAGCACACGAUUAAUACUGGCGAUAGCCUUCCUAUUAGUUCCCGACUGUAUUCACGAACAAUCCAACAACGAUCUGAUCUGCAAAAUGAAAUUCAUCAAAUGUUACAAGCAAAUCAAAUUCGUCCUUCAAACUCACCAUGGUCCUCUCCGGUCAUUAUUCAUAAAAAAAAAGAUGGUGGUAUUCGUUUUUUGGUGGAUUAUCGGAAGCUCAAUGCUGUUACAAAAAAGGAUUCUUUUCCUCAACCAACAACUGAAGAACUAUUAAAUCGGUUAGGAGGUCGUAAAUUUUAUACAAAAUUAGAUCUUAAAUCAGGUUAUUUUCAAAUUCCCAUUCAUGAAGCCGAUAAAGAAAAAACUGCUUUCAUCACACAAGAUGGUUUCUGGGAAUUCAAUGUUCUUCCACAAGGUAUCAUGAAUGGGCCACCAACCUUUCAACGCAUUAUGCACAAUUUACUCGUUACUAAUAAAACAAAAGCUCGUCGGCAUGAAUUUACCUGGGGUCCUGAACAACAAGCUGCAUUUAACGAAUUUAAACACAUUUUAACCACAUAUCCAUUAUUUUUAGAAUAUCCGGAUUUAUCAACUCCAUUUAUAUUAACGACUGACGCAUCGGAUAUUGGUAUUGGUGGUAUUUUACGACAAGAUACUCCACAUGGUACAAAAAUCAAUUAUUUCAAAUCACGUGUAUUAAAUGAUACUGAACACAAAUACGAUACAUUUGAAAAAGAAGCUCUGGCUAUUUAUUGGUGUCUUACUGAACUUCGAUCAUAUAUAGGUGAUUCCGAUAUUAUUGUUGAAACUGAUCAUAAACCACUUGAAAAUUUUCAUAAAAAGCAAAUUAAUAAUAAACGUGUGAUGAAUUGGCUAUUUAAAUUACAAGAUAUUUUGCCACAAAUCGUUGCAGUCAAAUAUCGUAAAGGUGCCAACAAUACAGCGGCUGAUUACAUUUCGAGACACUUUCCAUCUUCAGUUAUGAUUAAUGAUUCUACAAUUAUCGUUCAAGAAACUGAUGACUGGCCUAUUGGUACUGAAUCAUGGUCCGAAGACUUGGCAAAACCUCAACGAUCCGACUUUGCUACACCAUUCAUCAACACACACAAUUUAAAAAUUAAUGCUGUUACAACGCGCGCACAAGCUAAACUUCUCGCUCAGCCGAUACCACCUACAUCGACUCAUCCAUCAAUCACCACACAACAAUCUUCAACUUCAUCUUUAACAUCAGCUAAUCUACCCUAUGAUUUUAGUCUAUCACGUAUACGCUUUGAACAAGAACAUGACCCGGUCAUUAGAACAAUAAUACAAAAUAUUCAUAACAAACAAGAUAACUCUACAUUUAUUCUGAAAAAUGAUGUUCUCUAUAAAUUAGUUUCUCGAGGAUGA